AGACAUUUUGUAAAAUUGCGCAGGAAACAGCCUCUUUUUCGUUAUCAGCCGUGAAAGUGUGUUGAUUUUAUAAUUUUAUCAUUUUUUUUAGUACCAUUUAGGAAAUUUACAAAAUAAGUUUAAUAUAUUUAAUGACUAUGUAUUUAUUUAGCUCAUUCACCAAAAAAAUGUAGAAAAAAUUGUAAUUUUUCCGAGAACUGUAGCUUAACGCCAGGCGUGUGAGUGAUAAUAUAACGUUUUACCUAUUUCAGAUGUCUCGGACUGGUGGAGUUACAGUUAAGGACGUCGAUCAACAUGAUUUUGUCAAGGCUUUGGCCGCCCAUCUAAAAAAGAACCAACAAAUUAAACCACCAGUAUGGUCUGAUUUGGUCAAACUUGGACGUUUCAAAGAACUCAGUCCGACUGAUGACGACUGGUAUUACACUAGGUUGGCGUCGACUGCCCGUCAUUUGUACAUCCGAUCCCCUGCUGGAGUCGGAGCCUUUAUGAAAAUCUAUGGUGGAAGACUAAGACGUGGAACUAGACCAAGUCACUUCUGUAGAGCUUCAGGCUCCGUCGCAAGACACGUCUUGAAGACAUUGGAGACGAUUAAAUACGCUGAAAAGGUGACCAGUGGUGACGGUGCCAAGGGUGGACGUCAGUUGACUAAAACAGGAAGGAAGAACUUGGAUACAAUUGCCUGCCAGGUUGCAAAUGUCAAGAAGGCAUAAAUGUUUAUAGCGAAUAAAAUUCAAGUUUUUGAAGGGUGACCUA